UUCCUACUUUUCCAGCUUCGAUUUCGUUAACUGAAUUGGCUAUGGCUGCCACUGCACGGAGGCUAGUCGCCUCUUCAAUCCUUUAUCUCAAUCAUAUUGAAAAAAUUCAAUUUCAAGUCACUUCGUCGAUCGCUCUGCAUCACUCUGCUAGCCGUCGUCAUUUUUCCGUUGCUUCGCCCGAACAAUCCGGGCCUUUUCAAUCAGGGGAUGGUUCUGGACCUUGUUCUGACAAGUUUCACAAAUGGCUCAAUGGAGGGGGCACUUUCCACGAAUCGGCUUCCAUGGACUCAUCUGCGGUCGUAGAGAUUGGCGCUGUUGUUCAUCCAAAAGCAGUUGUUGGAGCAAAUGUUCAUAUAGGGUCUGGAACGAUUGUUGGGCCUUCUGUUAUAAUUGGCCAUUCAGCAAAAAUAGGGUAUGGGUUAUUUAUGAUGCAAAUUUGAGAGAUGGACCCUCAAUGAUUUCAAGAGCAUGGGACUUGAUAUCAAGUUUGCUCUGUAUUUGGAAUAUUUGUUGGUGAUUAGUAACGAGUUGUCUGCACUUACUGGCUAACUUUGUGGUUAUUGCGAAACAUGGUUAGAAAUUAAUUUAACUUGUUGUUGGUGUUAGUCUUCAUCAUUUUAUUAUUGGUAUCUAGUGCAUCCUUUCUAUUACAUGCUAUGUUUAUAAUUUGAAUGUACAUCUCAUCAGAUUAAAUUCUGCCAAAUGUCUAGAA